AUGAGGAGAGAAGUGGAAAAGAUUGUGACUGCAGUGAAGUUUUUACAGAAUCCUCGAGUCCGCCAAAGUCCACUAGCAACCAGAAGAGCAUUUCUCAAGAAGAAAGGCCUGACAGAUGAAGAAAUUGACCUGGCUUUCCAGCAGUCGGGCACUAGCACGGAUGAGCCACAGUCCCCAGGUCCUUCUGCACAGCUGGUGCCAAAUCAGCCCACUCACCCUGUGUUGUAUAGUCCACCUGCCUCCAGAUGGCGAGACUAUGGGGCUUUGGCUAUCAUAAUGGCAGGGAUUGCCUUUGGCUUCCAUCAGCUAUAUAAGAAAUACCUGCUCCCUCUCAUCAUGGGAGGCAAAGAAGACAGGAAACAACUUCAGAGGAUUGAGUCAAACAUUUCUGAGAUGAGUGGCAGUGUGACACAGACAGUGACUCAGUUACAGACAACUUUAGCCGCUGUUCAGGAACUGCUAAUACAGCAGCAACAGAAAAUCCAGGAGCUCACCCAAGAGCUGGCUGCUUCUAAGGCCACAACUUCCACCAACUGGAUUCUGGAGUCGCAGAAUAUUAAUGAAUUGAAAUCUGAGAUCUACUCAUUAAAAGGACUCCUCCUGAACCGGAGGCAGUUCCCUCCCUCCCCUUCGGCUCCUAAGAUCCCGUCAUGGCAGAUCCCAGUGAAGCCAAGCUCACCCUCCAACCCUGUUGCUGCCAACCAUAACAGCAGCAGUGACAUCUCGCCUGUGAGCAACGAGUCUACUACCUCAUCGCCAGUCAAGGAGAAUCACAGCCCUGAGGGUUCAAAGGUCAGCUGCCAUUUGCUGGGCACAGAGGAAGGCAACAAGGCAGUGAUAGACGUCAAGAGCCAAGUGCGGAUGGAGGUGCAAGGUGAGGAGGAGAAAAGGGAAAACAAAAGGAAUGAAGAGGAGGAAGAGGACGAUGAGGAUGAUGACGUGAGCCACGUGGACGAGGAGGAAUGUCUGGGCGUCCAGACUGAGGACCGGCGAGGAGGAGAUGGGCAGAUUAACGAGCAAGUGGAGAAGCUACGAAGACCUGAAGGGGCCAGCAAUGAGAAUGAGAUUGACUAAGGCACCCUGGCUGCUUCUUCAGCUGCUGUACAUCUUCCCUAGCCUCCUGCACUAUCCCUGGUGCCUCUCUCGUUUUGUGGAGAGAAGUGCCCCUCUCCCCUCCUGUGAUUCUUCCGUGAUUGACCUUGAGUAGGGUCAUAAUUGCCCAGCAAACAAGAUGGGCCCUGUUUCACCGCAGGGCUGUGCAGCAUUGCAGUGCAGUGGCUUCUUCUUCCCUCCCAGUCCCACCUUAUCCCCAUGAGCUGGGGUCGCUGCCUAGGCUGGAAGACCAAUCGCCUUACCAUGCACCACAGCUCCAGAAAUAAGUCACCUUACAAAAAAAUCCAGCAUCUCUCCCGAAGUGGUCAGCCUCUUCACUGCAUCCUAGAGUGAUCCUCUCCAGUCUCAGAAACCAGUCUGUCCUGAGCUCUUCUAUUUCACAAGCCUUUAAUCCCACGUAAGUCCUGAACCAGUUCUCUCUAUUUUCUAAAAUACCCCUGUUUUAUUUCUCAAAGUAAUUGACGUUCCAUCUUAAAAUCAGAAAGUUUUAACCCUGAAUUCCUCACUUGAUAUCACGCUCAGCCGCCCACUUCCAAGCCUUAUGUCAAGCCUCAAAUUCCUGAGAUUACCCAGCAUUGGAAAACACUAAAUUUUUUUGUGGGGUCCAAAGACCAUUAUUCCCACCGCACAUGCUCCCUUCCACUCCUCAAAGUGGCCUCUUGCUAGAGAUCCAAGUCCAAGUUUCAUGGCUACAGUAAAAUGUAUGCGAACAGGUGGCUUUGUUACCAAUUACUCCCCAGUGAAAGAAGGCUUUAAAAGAUGACCCCCCCUCAUCCCAGUUAUUACCCUUUAUCCUCCAAAGGCAAACGGAGCUCACGUCAGUUUUUGACAUCUUAACGUCUAUUUAUAGCUGCCCUGAAUGAAUGAGGUGAUACCAGAUGCUGAAAUAGUUGGUUAAUUCUGAAUGCUCGCAAUGGUUCUUAACCUGGUUUUCUCCCUAAAUGAGGAGAAAACCCUUCUUAAAUGAUCAUCUAAGACCUGCAGCUACACAAUGACAGGUGCCUGCUUCAGCAAAGCAGUGUUUGCAGAAGAAAGAACAAUUCCAGCUCUGAGGUACACCGCUAUCCUUUCUUGCCCAGCCCAGCCUUUUUUCACCCCAUUGGGGCUACACACAGAAUAAAACAGUGAAUUUUGAAACCUCUCAUUUGCAGCAUUGUAUUCUCAGCUGGUAAAACGGUGGUGUCCAAUUAUUAUUCACUGCAUCAGAGCCUCUUAGCAGAGCAAUUCCUGUAACAUCUGAGUCACCCUCUCCUCACCAAGCAAGCGUGCUCGUCCGUGUGAUCAUGUAUAGAUUUAAAAUAUAAAAUACGAUUGUAUAUAAUUGUAAUAAAUAUGAGUUACCACUAUUUAACACCA